AUUGAUUCAUAUUUUGGCUUAUGUUUACCUGAUUAUCAUUGAAGUGGUAGUGUUGCAGCAGAUUUAAAUUGCAUUAACAGGGAUCACGCAAAGUUAGCAACAAGUCAGUGUUCCCCAUAACUACGUUAGUUUUUUUAUUGAACUGUGUUUAAAGUAAUUGAGACUUGGGUCACUGGACAGUUUAGCCGGGUAGUUGGACUUAGUGUGGUAACCACGAUGGAUCUUAUGCUGCCAGAGAAAUUUCAGCACAUCCUUCGUGUGAUGAACACGAAUAUUGAUGGCCAACUGAAAAUUAUGUAUGCCAUUACGUCAAUCAAAGGUGUUGGCCGACGCUAUGCUAAUGUUGUUUGCAAAAAAGCCGACAUUGAUCUGAAUAAAAGAGCUGGAGAGCUUACUGAAGAUGAAGUUGAGAAGCUUGUUACUGUCAUGGCCAAUCCUAGACAAUACAAAAUUCCCGACUGGUUUCUCAAUAGACAGAAAGACAUUGAAGAUGGUAAACAUUCCCAACUGAUGUCUGGUGCAUUGGAAACCAAACUCCGUGAAGAUCUCGAACGUUUGAAGAGAAUUAGGUCUCACCGUGGUAUUCGUCACUACUGGGGAUUACGAGUUCGCGGUCAGCAUACUAAGACAACUGGGCGACGUGGUCGCACUGUUGGUGUAUCAAGAAAGAAAUAAUUGCUAAAUACACUGUUACUGGGACUGUCGUUUUCUGUUAUUCACUAGUACUGUGUGAUAUUGAAAUAGUCUCCUCUGCCAUGAGAGAUAGCGUCAAUGUUGUCGUCUUCAUUUUUAUUGGUUGGUUAUUGAUCAUGUGUUACUAGUGG